UUUGUUGGUACAGGAUUUUUGGCGCUAUUUGUAUGUGUGAUCACAGAUAAACGUAUGGAAAUUCCAUCAAGUAUUCAUGCGCUUCUUAUUGGAUUACUUAUUGCAAUGAUUGGUAUGGCAUUUGGAAUGAAUCUCGGAUAUCCCAUUAAUCCUGCUCGAGAUUUUGCGCCUCGUGUUUUUGCUGCUCUAAUCGGAUAUGGUUGGGAAGUUUUUAGCUAUCAUAAUUACUAUUUUUGGAUUCCGAUAUUGGCACCGUUCUUUGGAGCAAUUGCUGCAGCCUGGUCAUACUUCAUCUUUGUUGGUUUUCAAAUUCCCGAUCAGCCACCCAAUUAUAUGAAGGAAAAUAAGACCGAUGGUGAUGGUAUUCCGUUAAAAACAACGUAA